UUCUUGUUCCGGCCAAUAAGGCGCGAAGUUACUCAGCCCAGGUAGCGUUGCCAUCACAUUGAGGUGGUCAUUUGUAAGUUUCAAAAUAAUAUUUACAGCAUGAAUAUUUAAAACACGACAUUAUCCAGAAUACUUGUUUAAUGAUAUAGUCGUACAAGGUAGUUUAACUUUGUGACCAAACUUAAUUUCCAGUGUUUGUUUGCUAAUUCGGCUACACGUGGAACUUUGCCGUUUCAAACUUGAACAGGAUCUUUAAAACGGCGAAAAACAAUGGCAGAAAAACCGAUAUGGGAGCAAAUCGGCAGUGGAUUCGUGCAACACUAUUAUCAGCAGUUUGAUACAGACCGCGUGAAGCUCUCCGAACUGUAUACCGAUGCUUCUUGUUUGACAUGGGAAGGAGAGGGAUUUCAAGGGAAAAAUGCAAUCAUGACCAAAUUAAGUAGCCUUCCCUUUCAGACCAUUCAGCACAUCAUCACCGCUCAGGACCAUCACCCCACUCCAGACAGCUGUGUCAUGAGUAUGGUCAUGGGCCAGCUUAAAGCUGAUCAGGACCAAGUUAUGGGCUUUCAGCAAGUCUUCUUGCUGAAAAAUGUAGAUAACAAAUGGGUCUGCACCAACGACAUGUUCAGAUUAGCACUUCAUAACUUUGGAGCAUAGUAUGCAUAGUAUUUACAAUCCAUGCAAUUUUUGUAUCUGGAGUAUGGCCUCCCAUUUCAUACUCCAAACUGAUUUCGUCCUAUUUUGCAAAGGAUCUCGAAGAUUCAUGAUCAUCUCCAGAUAAGAAAAAGACAUGUUAAAAACAACUGAUUAUAAUAAUCAUAGUCAUAUUUCCAUGUUUGAAAAUAAAUCUCAUGUUAUUACAAUCCA